AUGACUAAGUAUUGCCGCUAUCACCGAAACCACGGCCAUACCACAGAGGAAUGUAAAGCACUCGAGGAAAAAAUUGAAGAACUGGUUCGUGCUGGCCAUUUUCGCCGCUUUGUCCGUAAAGAUGACAACUCCUUCCGAUCUCAUCACCCUCCUCGUUCCGACCACCGAUGCCCUCCCUGUGACUCUCGCCACGGUAAACGCCUAAACCAACCCGCAAACCAUGACCCUCAACCGGCUCGCACCAACGUUACCCCCGUCGACCCUCCUCUACGCGGCAUUAUCAACACCAUCUCUGGUGGUUUUGCUGGUGGAGGAUCCACAUCAUCUGUCAGGAAGAGACACCUCCGCCAUAUCCAAUCCAUCAACCACAUAACCCAUUCUCAUCACAGACGUCGCAUGCCCCCCAUAACCUUCACAGACGAUGAUUUUCAAGGCCUUGACCACCAGCAAGAUGACCCUAUGGUCAUCACCGUUGAAAUAGAAAACUACGCAGUCAAAAAAGUCCUCAUCGACCAAGGCAGCUCCGUUGACAUCCUCUAUUGGGCUACGUACCAAAAACUCCAACUCUCAGACACCGCCAUGGUCCCAUACAAUGAACCGAUAUAUGGCUUUUCUGGGGAAAAAGUUUCCACCUGCGGCUACAUUGACCUCCAUAUCAUUUUCCGCGAUGGUGCCCAAACAAAGACAAUUCCCAUUCGCUUCCUUAUCGUCGACGCACCUACAUCUUAUAAUGUCCUCCUCGGCUGCCCUUCACUCAACACUCUUGGCGCUGUUGUUUCCACACCUCAUCUGGCCAUGAAGUUCUCCUCCCCAUCUGGUGACAUCCUCACCAUUUAUGGCAACCAACGCCUUGCACGCGAAUGCUACAUGGCCAGCCUACACCCACAGCUUCCCAUCCUUCAAACCAAUCAUAUUGAGCGACCACCCAGCUCUGAGAUCACCUAA